GAAGAACAGAUCAGAAGGAAAAAGCGAGAAGAUCGUCUUGAGAAAAUUCGCCGUAAUGUGCAGUUAAAAUAUGCAGCAAAGAGGAAGAGAUCUGAGGAGGAUGAGACAAAGCACCUUCUUCAGCUCAGCAAGGAGGUUCUUUCAGAGGGAGCUGGAGAUGCUCUAGAGCAGCUGGAUCACAAUGAGGAGGAGCUGAUUCUUGCUGAGUAUGAGAGUGAUGAAGAAAAGAAAGUGGUAUCUGGGCUGGAAGAAGAUGAUAAUGAUUUGGAAGAGGAGCAUGUGACUAAGAUCUACUACUGCAGCCGCACUCACUCCCAGCUGUCUCAGUUUGUGCGUGAGGUGCAGAAAAGUCCUUUUGGCAAAGACACACGUCUGGUCUCCUUGGGAUCCAGGCAGAACCUAUGUGUGAAUGAGGAGGUGCGACGCCUUGGGGCUCUCCAGCUCAUCAAUGACCGCUGCAUGGAGAUGCAGAAGAACAAACAUGAAAAAAAGAGUGAUGAAGAGAAUGAAGGGAAGAAGAGACGCGUGAGCCGCACCAUAUGCCCAUUUUAUUCCUAUGAGCAAAUGCAGUUUCUCCGUGAUGAAGUUCUAGUGGAAGUGAAGGAUAUUGAGCAGUUGGUGGCUUUGGGAAGGGAGACCAAAGCUUGCCCGUAUUAUGGGAGUCGAUAUGCCAUUUCUGCUGCACAGCUGGUGGUGCUGCCCUAUCAGAUGCUCUUGCAUGAGCCUACCAGGAAUGCUGCUGGGAUCAAGCUGAAGGACCAGGUCGUAAUCAUUGACGAGGCCCACAACCUCAUAGACACCAUCACCUGUAUCUAUAGUGCGGAGGUCAGUGGCUCUCAGCUGUGCUGUGCCCACUCCCAGCUGCUGCAGUACAUGGAACGAUACAGGAAAUGUUUGAAGGCGAAGAAUUUGAUGUACAUUAAACAGAUCCUGUAUUUGCUAGAGCGGUUUGUGGCCAUGCUGGGAGGUAAUGUGAACCAAAAUCCUAGCUGUCAGGCAGUUUCCCAAACAGGGACAGUGCUAAAAUCCAUCAAUGACUUUCUAUUUCAGAGCCAGAUUGACAAUAUCAACCUCUUCAAGGUUCAGCGUUACUGUGAGAAGAGCCUCAUCAGUAGGAAGCUUUUCGGGUUUGUGGAGCGAUAUGGAAGCUCAGCCUCAGCUGUGAAGUCCAACAAGGAGAACCAGAAGUUGAGUGGUUUGCAGAACUUUCUUCUGACCCUCCAGCAGGGAGCUGAUAAAGAGGGUACUCCCCAGAGCCCUGUGGUGGAGGCUGACAAUGACCAGGUCCGAACUGCCUCUCCGCUGAUGCAGAUCGAAGGAUUUCUGUCAGCCCUCACCAAUGCAAACCAAGAUGGCAGAGUCAUUCUCAACAGGCAAGGAACAGUUGGUCAGAGUAGCCUCAAAUUCCUGUUGCUGAAUCCAGCUGUCCACUUUGCCAAGGUGGUGGAAGAAUGCCGUGCUGUCAUUAUUGCUGGGGGCACCAUGCAGCCG